UCUAUGACCCACUUGUCCUUUUCCAUAAUUUGUUUUCGGAAAAUUUCAAGUUUAUGCGCAUUGAUUAGUAUGAGAAGCUACUUUCCUGUGAUUUUUUGUGUAUUUAAGGUGUGCAACUGUCAGUCAUAUCGGAAAUACUCUCAACACUUCUGAGCUAUCAUUUCUCUUCAAAAUCGUACUACUGUUUCAGCUGAUUUCUGGGCCAUCUCCAUUCUCUCUUAUUACUUCAAAGAUCCAAUCUUUUCAAGAUAAAAGGUGGAGCUGUCUUUGUUUAUUCAUCAGAUUCUCUGAAAUAUGUCACUGUUAGAGUCUGCAUCCUCUUCUUGUUUGGUGAAGUUUCAAUACUUUAUAGGUUUUUUGUGAUUUGGGGGGCUGAAUCUGAUUGACAGAAGCCAAAGUUUUGAUUUUGAGGGAGAGUGAUUGCUUAGCAUUGUUAUAAAAUGAGAGGAGAGAGAAGGAAGAAGCUGCAUCUCAGCCAGAUCUACUCAUUCAAAUGUGGUAUCGGAGGAUUCAAAGAUGAACACUCACAGAUUGGGAGGCCUGGUUUUUCAAGAGUGGUUUUUUGCAAUGAGCCAGAUGGUGCAGACACCAGCAUUAGGAGUUAUGCCACAAAUUAUGUGAAAUCUACCAAGUAUACAGCUGCAAGUUUCUUGCCUAAGUCUCUGUUUGAACAGUUUAGGAGAGUGGCUAAUUUCUACUUCCUUGUCACCGGCUGCUUGUCCUUCACGCCCCUUGCUCCGUAUACCGCCUCCAGUGCCAUCCUUCCGUUGAUUGAAGUCAUCGGAGCAACCAUGGUUAACGAGGGCAUUGAAGAUUUUCAACGGAAGAAGCAGGAUAUUGAGAUCAACAAUAGGAAGGUAAAGGUGCAUCAGGAUUUUCAAGGAGACGGAAUGGCGAAAUCUGAGAGUGGGUGAUUUAGUGAAGGUGGAGAAGGAUCAAUUCUUCCUGUUAUGAAAGUAUGCAAAAGAUCGAUGAUAACAACAACCAUGCGGAAAAAGAAAGAACACUAGAGUUUUACGUGGUUCGAUCGUAAGAUCUACGUCCACGGCCAAAGGCAAUAUGAUUCAGU